CCAGACCACACGUCAACACUCUCGACGGUCCACAAUCUAGGCAACCUCUACAAGAACCAGGGCCGACUCAAAGAGGCCGAGGCGAUGUACGAGCGGGCUCUUCAAGGCAAGGAGAAGGCACUAGGGCCAGACCACACGUCAACACUCUCGACGGUCCACAAUCUAGGCAACCUCUACAAGAACCAGGGCCGACUCAAAGAGGCCGAGGCGAUGUACGAGCGGGCUCUUCAAGGCAAGGAGAAGGCAUGGGGACCAGACCACACGUCAACACUCGACUCAGUCGAAUGUCUAGGCAACCUCUACAAGAACCAGGGCCGACUCAAAGAGGCCGAGGCGAUGUACGAGCGGGCUCUUCAAGGCAAGGAGAAGGCAUGGGGACCAGACCACACGUCAACACUCUCGACGGUCAACAAUCUAGGCCUCCUCUACUCGGACCAGGGCCGACUCAAAGAGGCCGAGGCGAUGUACGAGCGGGCUCUUCAAGGCAAGGAGAAGGCAUGGGGACCAGACCACACGUCAACACUCUCGACGGUCAACAAUCUAGGCCUCCUCUACUCGGACCAGGGCCGACUCAAAGAGGCCGAGGCGAUGUACGAGCGGGCUCUUCAAGGCUACGAGAAGGCACUUGGAGCAGACGCCAUAAAGACCUAUAUUCCUGCCUUGAGCGCACUUCAAAAUCUCGGCUCUUUGUUUGAGAUGCUUGGCGAGAAUAGCAAAGCUAUCUCAUACUACUCAAAAGCACAGAACGGCUUCUUAUCCGUACUAGGGUCACAGAAC